GGCCGCGGGGGGAAGCGAGUCGGCAGCGGACCAAGAUGGCGGCGCCCACGGAGGGGCUCGCGUUCGCCUCAGGGGUGGAAAAGACUUGGGGCGCGCUGGUUCGCUCCCCAGAAGGAACGCCCCAGAAAGUCCGGCAGCUGAUCGAUGAAGGCAUCGUCCCGGAAGAGGGGGCGGCGGAAACGAAAGACCCUUCUGCCACGCUGCAGUCAGUCAAUGGAUCACCCCAGGAAGAACAACCUCCUUUGGAGUCAACAAAGAAAGAAGCCUUCUUUAGUAGAGUGGAAACAUUUUCUUCCUUGAAAUGGGCAGGGAAGCCCCUCGAGCUGUCUCCACUUGUCUGUGCCAGAUACGGCUGGGUCACAGUUGAAUGUGACAUGCUCAAGUGUUCCAGCUGUCAAGCUUUUCUCUGUGCCAGUUUACAGCCAGCUUUUGAUUUUGACCGAUAUAAAGAGCGCUGUGCCGAGCUGAAGAAGGCCUUGUGUACUGCCCAUGAGAAGUUCUGCUUCUGGCCAGACAGCCCUUCUCCAGAUCGCUUUGGAAUGCUGCCAUUGGAUGAGCCCACUGUUCUUGUUAGUGAAUUCCUAGAGCGUUUUCAAAGCCUUUGUCAUUUGGAUCUUCAGCUUCCUUUCCUGAGGCCUGAGGACUUAAAGGCUCUGUGUUUGACAGAAGACAAAAUCAGUCUCCUCCUGAAUCUGCUAGAAGAUGAGCUUUAUCACCAGACAGACGAGAGAAAAACUGCACCCAAACUUGGCUCGGACAUCCAAGUUCACAUCACUGCCUGUGUCCUCGCUCUGUGUGGCUGGGCAUGUAGCCCUUGCUCGGAGCCCAUGCAGCUCUCCCUCAUCACGUGCUCCCAGUGCAUGAGGAAGGUAGGGCUCUGGUUCUUCCAGCAGAUUGAGUCAUCUGUGUCUGAGCUGGAUACCUCUCUCAGCAUCACCAGCUCCCCCAUCCCAGGUCCUGAUGGCCGCCCCGAGCGCUUCCCUCUGGUGCCUGAGUCUCCUCGGAGGAUGAUGACUCGGAGCCAGGAUGCCACGUUUUCCCCGGGCUCAGAGCAGGCUGAAAGGAGCCCUGGGCCCAUCAUCUCCCGAACUCGGAGCUGGGACUCUUCCAGUCCUGUGGAUCGUCCUGACCCUGAGGCCACUAGCCCCACCCCCCGAACCCGCCCGGUAACCCGAAGCAUGGGGACAGGAGACUCGGGCCUGGAGAUGCCGUCCAGCCCUCUGCGCAAAGCCAAGCGCCCACGCCUCUGCUCUUCCAGUAGUUCGGACACCUCGUCCCGCGGCUUCUUUGAUCCCACCUCUCAGCACCGGGACUGGUGCCCCUGGGUGAACAGCACUCUUGGCGAGGAAGCCAGAGAAAACGGUGUUUCAGAGGCGGACGGCAGCCCCGCAGCCGAGCCGGGCUGGCGGCUGGUCCUGCAGGUGCUCCUGGCCCACAAGCAGGCUAACCAGCCUGAAGAGACUGAGUCCACGAGUCUGUCAGAGAAAUCCAGGAAGGUUUUUCGAAUAUUCCGGCAGUGGGAAACUUUAAGCUCAUCAUGAAGCCAGUUGUGACCAUUUCUGGAGAGAAGCAGAAUAAGUGACUGUGAAGGAUAAAGUCUGAAUCCCGUUUGAUCAGCCAGUGCCAAGUUUCCUUCGUUCUGGUUUAAUCCUAAGGAGUUCCUGCUUUGGUAACGGCAAGUGGUCCGGUCUGCAUCUACCAGGAAACCACUGUUUCCUCGCGGCCGGGGACAGGGCAAAGCUGCUUCAGCUCCACGUGUCAGAGGAGCGUGGAAUUAAAACUUGAUGGAAGACCAAGGACUUGAGCACUUUCAUUGUUUGUAGUGUCGAGCUGUGUUGCAAAUUCUUUGUGUCCCAGGAAUAUGACAGUAUAUGUAUUAAAAUAUUUGUUAAGAUU